AUGAGCCUCAUCUCCUCAUUCGGUGCUCUGCCCACCAUCCAGACCCGAAAGGCCCUCUUGCUCCUCGAUUUUCAAAAUGAUUUCAUUCGUCCAUCUGGUGCUCUCCACGUCGCCAAUACUGCCGACAUUGUAGAGAUUCUCCCCCAGCUCGUCAAUGCCUUCCGCCACACCGGAGAUGUUCUCUGGGUCCGCUCGUACUAUGAGUCACCCCGACCCCUCAUAGACUCGGACCUUCAGGAACGGAUCGUGCUUGGCCCUGCGGGAGAGGAGCGGAGAAAAAAGCAACCGAAACUCGGAGGCCCGUCCGAUCGGGGGAGCCAGAAGGAAUCCCAAACGCCCGUGGACGAGGAAGCCUUUCUGUCGAACGAGUCGUCCCAAUGUUGCCGACCGCGGACAAGCGGCGUCCAGUUUCCCGCGCCCAUCUUGGCUGCCCUGGAUGCGGACUCGGACACAUUGAUGGAAAAGUCGGACUAUUCUGCUCUACAAGAUGAUGGCAUGAUCCUCUCGCUUCGCACACGGUUCAUCACAGAACUAUACCUUUGCGGUUCCCUCUCCAAUGUCUCCGUUUAUGCUACUGCGCUGGAUGCUGUCCGCCAUGGCUUCUCGGUGACGCUGAUCGAGGAUUGCCUGGGGUUCCGCGAUUUCGCCCGCCAUGAGGAAGCGAUGCGCCGGAUGGCCGAUAUUUUCGGAGCCAGUGGGAUUACGUCGCAGGAACUCCUGGAAGAGCUGGACUGGCAAGAGACGGAUGCCAUUGCCCGUCAAACCACCCCUAAGCCUUCGCACCCAGCGACCGCUGUUGGGAUUGAAGGGGUUCUGGACGAACUCAAUGUUAAGACAGGCCGCGGUUGCACGGCUAACGAGGGAGCAGCAGACUCCUCGCGGAGUCGGCGUCGGAGGCUUGAGCUGGUGGACCUAGGCGACGGUGAAGAGGAAACUUUGUUAAGUCUGUCAAACCUGGCGCGGUCUCGCUCCCGCUUCGGGACAGCUGGGUCGCCAGGAAGUGCAGCUCAAUCGCAAGGUCCCUCGGGAGAGAAGAAAGCGCGGGUGCGUGUGCGCCGCGCAAAACGACAGGACCAGAAGGCCGAAUCGUCUACUCGCGCAGAUGGGUCGCGGAGCAGUAAAGCCAAGCGCUCGCGGGAUAUCCGUGGACCAGGCGACAUGAUCGGAGAAGGAGACUCCCGCAUCAUCCAUGAUUUGGAUCUUCCGCCCGAUGCAUUUGAAAAGAUCCGAAGUGAAGUCGCUUGGCAGAAGAUGUAUCACAUGUCGGGGCAGGUUCCUCGUCUGGUCGCUGUUCAAGGACAGACUUCGGAUAACGGAUCAAUUCCCAUCUACCGUCAUCCAGCGGACGAGUCUCCACCAUUGCAUCCCUUCACGCCAGCCGUGAACCAGGUGCGUGUCAUUGUCGAGCGGAUCCUAGGCCAUCCGCUCAAUCAUGUCCUCAUUCAACUCUAUCGCGAUGGACAGGACAGCAUCUCAGAGCACUCAGACAAGACACUCGACAUUGUCCGUGGUUCAUCUAUCUGCAACGUCAGUCUUGGUGCUCAGCGCGUGAUGACGCUGCGGAACAAGGUCAAAGGUCCCGAUGAAGAUCAGAGACCUACGCAGCGCAUACCCAUGCCCCAUGAGUCGCUGUUCAUAUUGGGGGAGACGACCAACAUGCGUUGGCUUCAUGGCAUACGGCCCGACAAGCGGCAAGAGGCCGAAAAAUCUCGAGAAGAACUGGCGUAUGGCGGCGAGCGUAUCUCUCUCACUUUCCGGCACAUUGGCACUUUCCUGAGCCCGACCGGCGACACCAUCUGGGGCCAGGGCGCCGUCUCCAAGGACCAUCAGCGGGCCCGCCCGGUCAUUCAUGGGGACCCUACGGCCACCGAUCGGCUGAUCCGUGCGUUUGGUCAAGAGAACCAUGCAGUCGAGUUCGACUGGGAUGCCGUGUACGGUGGAGGCUUUGAUGUGGUCAAUUUUGUCACGACAACGACAACCACGCUAAUCGAAGGGUCUGAUUCUGUGGCGAACUUGCGAGUUCGGCUUGCGCUCAGCGAGAACGGGAUUCGAUACGACGUCUCCAAGUCACCGAAGGAGACAGCAGUUGGCAAAGUCACCGAGGACGAUCAACGACCAUUGUUCAUCGCAACAGAUGGCAGCGAAGUCGCGGGAGAUGCCGAAAUCAUGAAGUUCCUGGCACAGCAUGCCUCGGGGCUUACACGAGCAGGUGUGGAAGUGUUGCGCGGGGGUGAUCGACUUCCCGAGAUCGACACACUCUUGCAGAGCUGGCGUCAAGGCGCGAGCAGCGAUGGACACGUUGAACUGGACACUUUGGAUACAUGGGAGAAGGCCGUGGACGGGCAGCACUAUUUGGGAGGACCGGCCCUUGGACUUGAUGACUGCUUUUUGUGGCCCGUCCUUAGGGAUAUGGUGUUGAAGAGCGGGCCACUCCCGAGCGAUCGGUAUCCCAAUCUGGCCCAGUACUACCGUCGCAUGGAGAAGCGCGGAAUUGUCAAAGCGACCGUGGAGGAAUUGGAAUGA